AUGCCUACCAGAUUCACCAAGACCCGCAAGCAAAAGCACCCGGGUGGUCGUGGUCUGGCUGGUGGCCAGCACCAUCACCGUACCAACAUGGACAAGUACCACCCCGGUUACUUCGGUAAGGUCGGUAUGCGCCACUUCCACACUCUCCAGAACCACUACUGGAAGCCCGUGAUCAACCUGGACAAGCUCUGGAGCCUGGUCCCCGCUGAGACCCGUGACGCAUAUGUCUCUGGCAAGAAGACCGAUACCGCCCCCGUUCUCGACCUCCUCCCCCUCGGCUACAGCAAGGUUCUCGGGAAGGGCAGACUGCCCGAGAUCCCGUUGGUUGUGCGCGCAAGAUGGGUCAGCAAGCUCGCUGAGAAGAAGAUCACCGAGGCAGGUGGUGUUGUUGAGCUGGUCGCAUAA